ACGUAAACAUUUAACAUUUAAUGUGUCGAGUUCUGUGGAUGAGAAAAUUUCGAAGAGAGUCGUCGGCUUUUGAUAAUAACUUCGUGUAAAACUUUUUUGUUUAGUAAAAACAUCAAAUAAUCACAAAUUCUGUUUUUUAUAAACACGAUUUUGCAUCAAAUUUUCGAAUUUAGGCAUUUGAAGCCUAUGCAUCGAUUUAUCGUUCUGUUAACAGCAUACCACUAACGAGUUGCAAUUGCGUACAUAAACCAUUCGAAAAAUGAAUGGACUCAAUGGGGAAACUAUGUACGAAAGCGAUGACGAAAUUGAGGAGCAAGAUCAAGAUGAAGAGGAAUUUGAAGAGGUGUCCGAAAGUGAAGGAGAUCCAGAUGAAUUGGAUUAUGAUAUCGAUAUUGAAGGCGACGAGUCCGAAUAUAUCGACGAGUGUUCGGUCAAUAUCACACACUUCGACCUAAUCAAAAAACUGGGAACCGGCGCAUAUGGAACAGUCUUCCUGGUGCGGAAAAACCGUGGAGUCGAUAUCGAUAAGAUAUACGCGCUGAAAGUUAUCACCAAGGCUGAAGUGGUCAAAAUUCCCAAAACAAUCGUUCACAUGAAGGCGGAACGCAAGGCCCUCGAGAUAUUACGCGACUGUCCGUACAUACAAACACUUUACUACGCAUUCCAGACGAGUGACAAGUUAUUUCUUGUAACAGAAUACCUGCCUGGUGGGGAAAUGUUCACUCAAGUUCAAAAAGGUAAACUGCCGGAGUCUUAUGUUCGGUUUUACAUUGCGGAAUUGAUUGUCGCUCUUGAGCACAUUCACAUGCAAGGUAUUGUCUACCGCGACAUCAAGCUGGAAAAUGUUCUGCUGGACGCAGAAGGUCAUGUUAAACUGGUCGACUUUGGUUUAUGCAAGAAGCUAGGUGCUCGAGGUCGAUCGAAAAGUUUCUGCGGUACCGAAGAGUACAUGGCUCCGGAAGUAAUAGCCUGCACCGGCCACAAUACAGCCGCCGAUUGGUGGGCUCUGGGCGUUCUGGCUAUUGAAUUACUGUCGACGAUAACCCCUUUCGGCACCAACGAGGGAAAUAAUUCAAUUAUGAAUAGAAUUACGAACGAGGAACCGCAUAUACCGGAAGAUAUUUCAUCAGAAAUGGAAGAUUUUCUAAGGAAAAUUUUGCAUAAAGAUCCCGGCAAGCGAUUAGGUGGCAGCGUAGCUGCUGCGACGGCAUUAAAGCAGCAUAGGCUAUUCGAUGAUCUGGACUGGGAAAGACUGGAAAGGAAGCAACUGGCUUCUCCAGCUGAUCCUCCGACUAUAACACAUCCAUUCGAUACGCAAAAUUUCAGCGCAGAGUUUACGCAGCAACCAACUACUUAUCCGCCAACUGAGGAGCCACCGAAUUCAUUUAUCAUGUUCAAAGGUUACUCUUACAUUGCUCCAGAAUUGCAAGCGUCACAGCCGAAUCAUCUUGCCGACAAUUCGAUUGACGAAAACUGGAACUCAUUGGCGCGGAACAUUCUAAGCAAUUAUGAUCCGAAUUCCGAAUUCCAUAUAAAAUACAAAUUUGCAUCGCAUCAACCUCUUGGUACUGGUAAAUCGUCCGUGUGCAUGAAGUGUUUCAAUUCAGUGGACGAUAAUUACUAUGCGGUUAAGAUCUACAAACGUGGGGACCAAAAUAACUAUGAAAUUGAUUUUUUGCAAAAAUCAUCUGAGGUGAAUGUGCCAGGCGUAGUUCGGUUGAUUGAAGUACUUACUGACUCAAAGUGGACAUAUGUGGUCAUGGAACUGAUUGAUGGCGUCAAUUUGUUGGAGUACCUUAGAGCAAAACCUGCGAAAUAUCUUUACACAGCCGUUAAUUUCUUAUGCAAAAUCGUGGGAAAAGUGCAUGAACAUGAAUAUACACACGGAUGCAUCUGCUUCAAGAACAUAUAUUAUUUACAACAACGUCAAGAACUGCGGUUAAUUGGAUUCGGUAAUGCAAAGCCAAUAGCUGAAGCACACGACAAACAAAUUGAUUAUUGGGCGUUGGGCGUCUGUAUUUAUACAAUAUUAUGUGGUCAUUCGCCAUUCAAUUUAUCAACGAUUGCGGCCAAACAAAUCGAAAAUAACAAGUUUGAUGAGGACUCUGUACAAUGGGCAGCACUGCACGGUGACGUUAAGUCUUACAUCCGGCAAUUGCUUCGUAAUUCGACUUCAUUUCACAGUCCAGGUGCAUUGAAGAAGAUAAAAAAUAUUGACGUACUCGAUGCGAGUAAAGAGCGACUGGACGAAAAUGAGAGAAUUGUCAAGAUUCGUGCCUUGCGAAUGGAAACCAAACAUGCUGUUAAAAGUGAAGUGAUUUCUGAGAUAAAUGGAAUUCAGGACAGUCUAAUGAAUUUAGAAGCGAUCGAUGUGGAUCAGAACCAGUUACCCAAUACCCAAUCUCAACACAAUCAUAGUGAACUUAAUGGUCACGCACCAAAUGGAGAUUCCAAGCGCAGUUUGAGUCCAACAAAUGAACCGAACAGAACCAAAAAAGCGAAGCCAGAUAAAAUCAAACAAGAACCACGUGAGCUGCGACAACGGAAACCGAAGCUCCCCAGCUCUGAAACAAAACGUAAACCCAAAACAGCAGUUAUCAAAACAGAGGCUGUCACAUUACCACUUCAAAAUGUAAUCCCGACAAAUCCAAAGAUUAACGCACCCUUACCUCGCACAAGAGGCAGACCGAGAAAAGCACCAGAACCUGAAGUUCAAUCGACAAUAACACAAGUGGCGACGUCUUUGCCGAAUCAUUCCGUGUUUUCCGGAAGACAGCCUACAACACAUCCGAAGACAGCGGUGCGAAAUAGUUCAGCGCACGAAUCGUCAGCAAUCAGAUCUUUGGGAGUCGAAGCUAGAGACAAUUGGGUCUUUGGGUGGAGACCCCCCAGAUUGACAAAACCCAUAUACUGCUUCCUUCGUUUCGAUUAUAAGUAAGGUGAUCAAAUUCCACUGUGACAGGGAACAUGAAAAACAUGAAACAGAAACUGAAAUCCAUUUAUUGAUUAAGAAUUAUUAGAUUAAUAAAAAAUCAACUUGAAUUAAAACGAUGUUAUAUCUGUUGUAAUGCAAA